GUGAUAAGCAAGUGCUCGCUCUGCUCGGGGAGGUCGGUAUAAGUACGGGCGCGUCUUCUCUGCUUCGUCUCCGUGUGUGCACCGCGAGCACGCACGCAGCUCCGGCCUCAGGCAACCGGACGUCCAGUACCUUUCCGGCUGGUCUGAAGAUGGAGGAGGGCGCCAGCGCCACCGCAGCGAGCAAUAUGGGCGAGAAGCGUGUGGCCGCCGCCGUCGUCGUGCCCGGCCCCGACGUGGCGCCGCCGCCGACGACCAACGCUGCCGCCGGUGCGGAUGAGAAGGCGGCCGACGAUCUGCCGGCGCCAGCCGCAUUGUCCGACUGGCCUAGGAGGAUGGGGCUCUACCUCUUCGUCAUGAACAUCAGGAGCGUCUUCAAGCUUGACGAGCUCGGAUCGGAGGUGUUGCGCAUUGCCGUGCCGGCGUCGCUGGCCCUGGCGGCAGAUCCGCUUGCUUCCUUGGUAGACACAGCGUUCAUCGGCCGCUUAGGUUCGGUGGAGAUAGCUGCUGUUGGUGUUUCAAUAGCCAUAUUUAACCAAGUAUCCAAAGUUUGCAUCUACCCCCUUGUUAGCGUUACAACAUCAUUUGUCGCUGAAGAAGAUGCUAUCAUCACCAAAUGUAUGGAGGAAAACAACAGCCAUGACCUGGAGAAAGCUUCUCCUGUGGAUUCAGAAACCAACAAUCUGCCUGUAUCUGGUCCUGAUAAGGUAGAGUGUGUCAAUUCGUGUAUUCCCACAGAGUGUACUGAUCUCUCUGAUCAAGGGUGCAAGAGAAAGUAUAUACCUUCUGUGACAUCAGCAUUAGUAGUUGGCUCAUUUCUUGGGCUGCUUCAGGCUGUCUUCCUGGUGUUUUCAGCAAAAUUUGUAUUGGGAAUCAUGGGUGUCAAGCAUGAUUCACCCAUGCUAAGGCCUGCAGUUCGCUACCUAACAAUCAGAUCACUUGGUGCUCCAGCCGUAUUGCUGUCUCUGGCCAUGCAGGGCGUUUUCCGUGGUUUUAAGGACACAAAGACACCACUAUAUGCUACUGUGGUUGGAGAUGCAGCAAACAUAAUACUAGACCCAAUUUUGAUGUUUGUUUGUCAUAUGGGUGUUACCGGCGCAGCUGUUGCUCAUGUCAUUUCUCAGUACCUGAUAACUAUGAUACUGUUGUGCCGGCUCGUCCGACAAGUUGAUGUUAUCCCACCUAGCCUUAAAUCCCUCAAAUUUGGGCGGUUUCUUGGAUGCGGAUUCCUGCUGCUUGCAAGGGUUGUAGCAGUGACUUUCUGCGUCACACUGGCGUCGUCGUUAGCCGCUCGCCAUGGACCGACCAUCAUGGCGGCUUUCCAGAUCUGCUGCCAGCUCUGGCUUGCCACAUCUCUUCUUGCUGAUGGACUGGCUGUCGCUGGACAGGCAGUUCUUGCAAGUGCGUUCGCCAAGAAUGAUAAAGGCAAGGUUGUUGCUGCGACAUCUCGUGUACUGCAGCUGAGCAUUGUUCUUGGCAUGUGUCUCACCGUCGUGCUUGGGGUUGGCAUAAAGUUAGGUGCUGGCAUUUUCACGAAGGACAUAGACGUGAUCGAUGUCAUUCAUAAAGGCAUCCCUUUUGUCGCUGGCACACAGACGAUAAAUUCCCUGGCGUUCGUGUUCGAUGGCAUCAACUUCGGAGCAUCAGACUACACAUACUCCGCUUACUCCAUGGUUGGUGUGGCUGCUAUCUCCAUACCCUGCCUAGUAUACCUUUCUGCUCAUAACGGAUUCAUCGGUAUAUGGAUCGCAUUAACGAUCUACAUGAGCCUGAGGACCAUAGCUAGCACUUGGAGGAUGGGGGCGGCAAGGGGGCCAUGGGUGUUCCUCCGGAAGUGAUGGGUUUUUUCAUGGUGGCCAUUGAUUAGUAAUUCCGCAGCAUUUUGCUGGGUAGAUAGCCAUGCAUACUUGCUCUCAUGUAAUUAAGAAUAAGUACAGUUUUAGCGUAUGUCGUGGUGCCGAGUUAUAUCUGACAUAUU